AUGAUACGGCUACGAUAUCAAAUAUACCUAAUUCGAAGAGUUCGUAGCAAAUGCGAAAUUAUAAGAUGUAAUUCACAAUUUAUAUCAUCCUAUCACACAACUAGUCACGUCAUCCAGAAUUCAAUACGACUACCUAGUCAAAAACUGUCAACUCAUUUAUCAUUAAAGGCAUCAAUAUGCCACUUCAAAAGACAUAUAUCCACUUUAAAUCUCGAAAAAGCGCCUACAAAAGAAUUUUUAGCAAGCUUUUUGGAUCAAGACUUUAAUAGAACAAAUCAAUUAAUAUUCAACGAAAAAUUUCAAAUUUUAUAUUUAGCAUCACUAGAGAAAAAGGAUCAUUUCACAAUGCAAGAAAUCAAUGAGUUGUCCAACGAUUUUUAUCGUGUCACACAAGCAUCAUUUGAAUUUGCACAAGGUUUCAGGUUCAUCAAUGCAUUUUUAAGUAUAGUUAACUGCAAAACAAUCAAUGAAAGUACUAAAAGCCUAAAAUAUACCAUAUUCUCUCAAAGAGAUCUACUAUUAAAGUUCGUACUAUAUAAUGGAUACUAUAAUUUUUUUCAAGAGAAUAUUGCACCUCAAAUAAUUUCCACUUCAAAUAAGUCAUUUUUGGACCAAAUAAUACCGAUAAUUAAACUACAAAGAAAAACAGACGGAGAGGUAAACUACGAUACAAAAAGCUUUUCAAACUACUUAACUAAAUCAUCACUAAAAGACAGCAGAGAAAUGAUCAAUUUGUUGAUACUAAAUAAAUACAACUUAGACUCGUCUUAUGAAUCAAAACUAUCCACAAUUAGGCUUUUUCUUAAAUAUACAAAAAUGGUAGAGGGUGAAGAAUGGUUAAAAGAUGAAACAAUAACGGCAUAUGAUGAAUUGCUUAAAUUAAUCGGGAUACCCCCAAAAGAAGUUUUCGGAGUUGAAACAUUCUUACAAGAUCUUACUCAAAUUGCAGAGCAAUUAUAUGACACCAAAACCUCAUAUUAUUUUAUAACUCAAAUUAUGAAAAAUUUAGUUUCAAAAUCUCCAUACUUGACAUAUUUAAUGUUUCAAUUUAAAUCGUCAGAAAUUAGACAUAGAAACCUCAGAAGGACCAGUGUAUUAAACAAAUUUGAUUUAGCUUAUGUUAUGGAAGCUUGUUUAUCAUUUGAUGAGAACAAAAUUUAUGAAUUAUACAUGCAAAAUCGUGAUCUUCACGACGAUGAAUCUCAAGAAUCAGUUUUUUUACAAUUAUGUGUUGAGCACAAAGAUUGGAAAUCUUUACAGUCAAGAUUUGAGAAUAUGUAUGGGAAAGGAAAUUUACCAGACACUAUUCAUUAUGGAAUUACUAUGCAGGCUUUAGAAUUUCUAGGUGCUGAUAGUGAAUUAGAAAGACUAUAUGAACAAAUUUUGGAACGUAAAUUAAGUAUGAAUUCAGUGAUUUUUAUUGCUAGAAUGAAAGCAAAUAUUAGACAAAAGGAUCAAAAUGAAUUAUUCAACGUAUUACAAGAGUAUAUAUACUUGGCGUUAAAUGGAAGAGCUUAUCAAAAUGAUAUCAAGUUUGUGUUUCCAUUCGUGUUGGAGUUAUAUAUUCAAGAGCAGGAUUAUAAAUCAGUGUUGGAUAUCAUAAAGAUCUACUCUGAGAAAGAAAAAGAAUUCGGUUUGGAAUUUGUUUCUCCCAAAGUAUUAUCGGAUGUGUCAAAAAUACUAGCUGAAAAUUGUUCAAUUGCUCACCUAGAACAACUUUUUGAAAUAGCUUCAACUUACCACAAGCUAACUCCCGAAUUUAUGGCUGGUAUAAUAGAUUGUUACACAAGGUUGGGUCAAUUUUCCAAAGCUGACAGUCUUGCAUAUCAAGCACAUUCACGAUCUUCCCCACCAUUUUCAAAUUUACAAAUAUAUGCUUCUCAAUUUAAUAACUACACAGAAUGGGAAAGACUGAUUCCGCAGGCCGAUACAAAAAGAUACAUUGAAAUGAAGCUUGAAUAUAUUGCUUCGCUGAUACUCAAAACCCAUUUCUCAAUUUUUCAAAUUCAAGCUGGGGGUAUUCCCUUACUAAGUGAUGUUAUGGAUUAUUUACAAAAGAAAGCAAAAAAUCAUUCAAGAAUAAAUGCUUUGCUGCAUUUGAAAGGUAGAGAAGUGAAAACUUUUUACAAUUUAAUAAAGCUGUCAAAACAUUAUCAUAUAAGAACCGACGAAGAAUUAUAUUUACCGAUUUUAAGAUCCAACUUAAUUUAUGAAAAUUAUAAGCCAUUAAACGUUAUGAAAAUAUUCAAAGAGAUGAACCUGGAUAAAAUAUUACUUUCUGCAAAAUCAUACACUUACUUCAUGAAAGCAAUAAUGUUCCUAGAUAAAAAAUAUGAUAGAAGAUUGAAAAAUACAUCUGAUUUAUUAAGACAAAUGUUGGAAUCAUAUGGCUUUUACGAUGAUACAAAUAGAUUUAAUCCUAAGCUAAAUUUCAAGAAAGAUAGUUUAUUAAUUGCAGACAUAAUCAUCAAGUAUGUUGAAACCGUGGGAAUACGCCAAGGUAAUGCAUUGUUUAAUAAGUUUGUUUAUUUUUGUGAAGAUGUUUAUAAUGAUAAAUUGCCAAUUCCAUUGAAAGCUAAAAUUGACAAGCAAUUAAGGCGAUCAUAUAAACAAGUCAACAAAGUUGAAUAUGAGAUGUUCAUGGAACAAAAUUUUACUUUUACUGAAAAAUUACUUAAUCAAUAUUUGGAGCAAGUUCCUUCGAAUAGCAUUAUACCACCUGUUUUGAACAAUUCAAUGGCUGACAUUUUAAUUCAACGUAUGAAGCACUGGAUUGAAACUAAAUCAUUUACUCAAGAUCAUAAAUCAUUAGUGCUAGAUACAUUGCUUAAAGGAAUCAAGUUAAAUAUAGUUGAUUACAAUUAUUUAUUUUCAAAAUUUUUAGAAGAUCCAUCAAACAAUUUUCAUACCGUUAUGACACUUAUAGAAAGAAAUUUAAUACAAGGUAAUCUUACUCAAAUAGAUUUAUAUAAGGAGAAAAAACUUUGUUACAAGAUUUGUUUGGUUUAUUUAGGUGAUAAUUUCGGUGAUGAAUUAGUUGAAGAAAAUUAUAAAAUUUUGUCUGAUUAUUAUGGGGUUAGAACUAUAUCAGAAGAAAGAGGACAUUUGAAAGUUGAUGGUCUUAAUUUCUUGAGAAGUUCAUCUGGACGUUUAUUCAAUAUUAGGUUGGAUCCAUAUGGUUCAAGAACGAUGAAUCAAUUCAAUUUUAUCGACUAUUUCAAUCCGGCAAGGGAGCUCACUAAUGAACUAAAAUUAUUCAAUAAUACUUCAAGGCUUUUAAUGAAAACAAUUUCAACUCAUAUCAAAAAUACUACAGAUUCUAUAAAAAUUUUAAAAGAGAAAUACCCAAAAAUUAUGUCAUACUAUACAUCCGACUUAAGCUAUUAUAAAAAUUUAACAAUUUUUAAUGGUAAAAUAGACUACUUGAAUUCAUCCAAUGAUCCAAGAAUUAGAAGAUCAAAAGAUGUAUUAAAAGAAUUACUUUUCAAUUAUAAUAAAGCUAAAAUAUUUAUAUCAAAAGAUGCUACAUUUACAACUAAAAUACAAAAAGAUCAAGAUUAA